UGACGCCGUAACCGUUUGACAGCAUUCCGCACAUUCAUUAGUAUAAAUAGUGCACAAUGGUGCGGUAAAGUGCAUCAGUAGCAUUCGGAAGUUCUAACCGCAACCAUUCUCGGUGUAAAAUCCGCUAGCAGUGUCCUAAAAUGUUCCGAGCAAGCUUUUUUGUAGCUGUUGCCCUUCUGGGAGCCGCUCUGGCCUACGAGCACCAUGGAUUCGUCAGUGAGGUCAAACACGUCCCGUACAAGUGGUACGGUGGUUCCGAGGGUGGCAUGAGUGAAAUGGGCGGCAUGGGCUUUGGCGGAGGCUCUCAGGGUGGAAUUGGUAUGGGUGGUGAGGAUUAUUACAGCUACCCGAAAUACAACUUCGAGUACGGAGUGAAGGACUACAAAACGGGUGACCACAAGAGCCAGUGGGAGAUGCGCGAUGGCGAUGUCGUCAAGGGCGCGUACAGCCUGGAUGAAGCUGAUGGAACCAAGCGCAUUGUUGAGUACCACGCCGAUAGCAAAAACGGUUUCGAAGCUAAGGUCAAGAACAUUGGACAUGCUAUCCAGGAAGGCGGAAUGGGUGGACAACAGAUGGGUGGUCUCGAGGGCGGUUACUACGGACAUGGUUACAGUUAUAGCAAGCUGAAGAAGUACAACUAAUUGGCUGAAGCAAGACUGACUCUCUUUUCCAUUUUCAACCUGGCUUUUACAUUUAUAGUUUCCUUAAACGACCUGUGAC